AUGCCUUCUAGCUCCCACCGUCCACUUAACUCGAGAAGCCCCUCUUUGCUUUCGAACUCUGAUGACGACGACCUUGACCUAGAGGAACUUGGGGCCGGUGCAUCGAGGCCGCGGCGCAGCCUGGACUAUGCGUAUCAUAAGGAGGCGGAUAGUCGUUGGUCUAAUCCAGGAAUUGCACUCAGAAAUAUCCGCGCCACCACGCGAAACUACCCGAAAGACCAUAACCGGGAAACAAUAGGACAACAUUCGCAAGAUGAUUUAGGCGCUUUGCUUCAUGACCAUGAUGAGGAGGGCCAUAUAUCGUCUCAAGCCGACUCAAGCUACGCAGAUGACAACGUUCCACUUCUUGAAAUGGCCGGCCAAGCGCGGCAAUCUCCGGGUCUCUCUUCUCCUGUUGUUGGCUUUUUCGCGCGUCUGCGAUCAAAAUUGCGGUUUGCGGGAUCAAGGAGACAACCUGCGGCGCGGGAUAGUAGCAGUGUCUUAGGUGCACCUGGCUCCUUAAAGCCAAAGCCCAGCCGCGUGAUUUUGGUUGGUCAGCGACAAAACUUCCGGUACCCCAUCAACGCUAUAUCGAAUGCGAAAUAUACGCCUUGGAGUUUCCUCCCUCGUACUUUAUAUAACGAAUUCUCUUUUUUCUUCAACAUUUACUUUCUUCUCGUUGCCCUUUCACAAAUCAUACCAGUGCUACGAAUCGGUUAUAUGUCAUCUUACAUUGCGCCACUAGCCUUUGUGGUAACCAUCUCCCUAGGCAAGGAAGCCCUGGAUGACAUCGCCCGCCGGAGAAGAGAUGCCGAGGCAAACUCUGAGAACUAUACCGUGUUGACAUUCGACCUCAGCCCACAGCGUAAAAAUAAUCGGUCAGUUUCCGGGGAAGCACACAGUGGCAAUACGGGGGCCCCUUUUGAGACCACCAAAAAGUCCAAGGAUCUCAAAGUAGGCGAUAUCCUAAAAAUUCGAAAGGAUAAACGUCUACCAGCCGACGUCGUAAUACUGAAGUCCCUACAUAAUGAGCCACCAGCAUCUUCUGGUUCAAAACAACAUUCUAGUGAUUAUAACCGAGUAGAUGCUCGGUCGGAAAAUCGGUCCACCAUCGAAAGCAACGACUCUGUGGAUACAUUCAUUCGUACAGAUCAAUUAGAUGGAGAAACCGACUGGAAAUUGCGGGUUGCCUCUCCUCUUACCCAGAAUUUGCCCUUAUCGGAAUUUUAUAGAAUUCAUAUUACUGCAGGACCUCCUGAAAAGAGCGUCAAUGGUUUUGUUGGAAAAUUAGUCCUCUCGCCUGCCGUUCCUGCAUCAUAUGAUUCUGCACCUGAAACUGGUGGUUCUCCUGAAAAUAGUAAUGCACCCUCAAAAUCCAUUGAAUCCCAAUCUGCGCCCCUGACUAUCGAUAACACUGCAUGGGGAAAUACAGUCCUUGCUUCAAAUACUGUGACGCUUGCAGUCGUUAUAUAUACAGGCUCCGAGACACGAUCAGCGUUGUCUACAUCACCGUCUCGCUCUAAAGUUGGACUGCUUGAAUACGAGAUCAACAGUUUGACAAAAAUACUUUGUGUCCUUACUCUCUCCUUAUCCAUCGUCCUUGUUGCGCUUGAAGGGUUUCAGCCCACAAAUGACAAGAAAUGGUAUAUUGCCAUCAUGAUUUAUCUUAUUUUGUUCUCAACCAUCAUCCCAAUGAGCUUACGAGUUAAUCUUGAUAUGGCGAAGUCUGUUUAUGGAAGAUUUAUUGAACGAGAUAAAGGAAUUCCUGAUACAAUUGUCAGAACCAGCACAAUUCCAGAAGAUCUCGGGAGAAUAGAGUAUCUUCUUUCUGAUAAAACGGGCACAUUAACACAAAAUGAGAUGGAACUGAAAAAGAUACACGUUGGAACCGUGUCGUACGCUAAUGAGGCGAUGGAGGAAGUCGCAGCGUAUGUUCGCCAGGGGUUUUCCUCGUCCCCAUUAUCAAAUCAAGCCGAUUCGAAAGUCUUUGUCACACCGUCAUCUUUGAAAGCACUCCAAGCGGGUAACACCGGAACUACGCGAACACGCCGAGAAAUUAGCUCUCGAGUGAGAGACUUGAUCAUGGCUCUUGCUAUAUGCCAUAACGUUACGCCGACAUCGGAAGAAAAAGAUGGACAACAGGUCACCACCUACCAAGCCUCUUCCCCAGAUGAGAUAGCGAUUGUCAAAUAUGCCGAAGACGUUGGUGUUCAACUAGCGUAUCGUGAUAGGCAAAAAAUACUCCUUCGCUCAAUAGAAUCCGGGGACAUUGUAGUGAAAGCUGAUAUCCUAGAUAUUUUCCCGUUUACUUCAGACAGCAAAAGAAUGGGAAUCGUCGUGAAAUUUGUUCACGGACAGGAACCAGAACAGUCACAAGGCGAAAUCUGGUUCUUUCAAAAGGGUGCCGAUACCGUUAUGUCUUCGAUAGUUGCAGCUAAUGACUGGCUUGAGGAAGAAACAGCAAAUAUGGCCCGGGAAGGUUUGAGAACGUUGGUGGUUGGGCGGAAAAGUCUCACAGAGGAACGAUACGAAGACUUUUCCGCCCAUUACAAACAAGCGUCACUAUCUUUGACUUCGAGGGACUCUCUUAUGGCCAGAGUCAUUCGGAGCUACCUUGAAUGCGAUCUGGAACUUCUUGGAGUAACUGGCGUUGAAGAUAAGCUUCAAAAGGAUGUAAAGCCGUCCCUCGAGCUUCUGCGAAAUGCUGGUGUGAAAAUAUGGAUGCUCACAGGCGAUAAAAUUGAGACAGCUCGAUGCGUUGCCGUUUCUUCAAGGCUAGUAUCGCGCGGACAACCCAUUCACACUGUCUCGAAAUUGAAGGGCCCGGAGUCAGCACAGGAAGUUCUUGAUUUCCUGCGAAACAAACCUGAAGCCUGCUUGCUCAUCGAUGGAGAGUCGUUGACUAUGAUGCUAAGCCAGUUCCGUUCCUCAUUUAUCUCUACUGCGGUUAUGCUACCCACGGUUAUUGCUUGUCGUUGUUCCCCAACCCAGAAGGCAGAAGUUGCUCUUCUUAUCAGACAACAUACCAACAAGCGGGUGUGCUGCAUUGGGGAUGGCGGCAACGAUGUGUCUAUGAUCCAGGCGGCAGACGUCGGAAUAGGCAUUGUCGGCAAAGAAGGCCGUCAAGCCUCACUUGCAGCUGACUUCAGCAUUACACAAUUUCACCAUCUUACCAAACUCCUUGUCUGGCACGGCCGCAAUUCCUAUAAAAGGUCCGCCAAGUUAGCACAGUUCAUUAUGCAUCGCGGCCUGAUUAUCAGCGCGUGCCAGACCAUUUACAGUAUCGCCAAGCAUUUCGAGCCAAAGGGUCUCUUUAUUAACUGGCUGCUCGUCGGAUACGCCACUGUAUAUACGAAUGCACCCGUUUUCUCUCUUGUACUAGACCGCGAUGUGGACGAGGAGCUCGCUAAUCUCUAUCCUGAGUUGUAUAAAGAGCUCAAAUCAGGCCGAAGUCUCAGCUACCGAUCCUUUUUCACUUGGGUUCUAGUGUCGGUGUACCAGGGGUCUGUUAUCCAGGGCUUUUCUCAAAUUCUUGUCGACGCCACCUCUGGACCCAGAUUGAUCAGUGUCUCUUUCACCGCACUGGUAUUGAACGAACUUGCUAUGGUUGCAAUAUCGAUUACUACAUGGCAUCCUACAAUGAUUCUCUGCAUUGUCGGCACUGCACUUGUGUAUGCUGCCAGUGUACCAUUUUUGGGAGAUUAUUUUGAUUUGAAAUAUGUUAUUACCGUGAGCUGGGUUUGGAGAGUGGCAGUUGUAUGCGCCAUAUCUUUAGUCCCUGUUUGGGCCGUCAAAUUCAUUAGCAGGACCUGGAGUCCUCCUAAUUAUCGCAAAGUUAGGGGAUAA